UGGAAUCACAACCGUCCACCCUUCCGUAUGCAACAUUUGCAACAACGUAAUCAAACUACAAUAGGCAACUAAUUGAUAUCUCCGCAACCAGCUGCGGACUACUUCCGUUCUAUAUAAGAUCUGUUCUAACCUAGACGCUCACGCCCAUUGAGAAAAUUCUCACUGCAUUGACACAGGAAACAUUUGCUUAUUGAAUCGAGAAAGGCCAGCUUCGAACAAGGGCGAUAGAAAACAUCAAAAUAAGAAUCAGCCGGAAACGUGUCAAGUAUGGCUGAUCUGCUUAAGCUACUGCUGCGUGUGGCAGAAAAGGCGGCCAACGUAGCCCGCAUCUGCCGCCAGGAGGCCCCUCUCUUUCAGCUGCUGGUCCAGGAGAAGACUGGUAUGGACAAGAACAAGAAGUUUGUCAAGGACUUCAAGACGCUGGCCGAUGUUGUGAUUCAAGAGAUGAUCCGCCAUGAUGUUGGGGCUCAGUUUCCUGAAAUGAUUGGCCAUAUACAUGGAGAGGAAUCUAACAAGUUUGAGAAUGGACUAGGCGAGAGUGUGAUAGUCACUGUGUGUGGGACAGAGAAGGAGACCGCAACCUUACUGGCCACGGUGCUGGACGGGGAUCAGACGGCGGCAGCUCUCCUGGCGUGUGCCAUCCACCGCGACGCUACGCACAUACUCGCAGACACAGGCACAGACAACCUCCAGAUACCUCUCUGCCCUUCUGACCUGGGCAUCUGGAUCGAUCCCAUCGAUGCCACUAGCCAGUACAUUGAGGGACGUGAAGAGGGGGCACAGGAAGGCCAUCUCUGUCCUUCAGGUCUUCAGUGUGCCCUGGUCCUGAUUGGGGUAUACCUCCGUGCCACAGGGGAACCUGUCAUGGGGGUCAUCAACCAGCCCUUCAGUCAGAAGGACCCAGCAGGCUGGAAGGGGAAGCAUUUCUGGGGUGUGUCGUGUGGGAGUGUCCAAGCCUGCUCCGUGCUGCGGCCUCAAGACGGGCCGACCGAGAGGCCAGGACUCUCCGUGGUACUGAGCUCCAGUGAGAAGCAGGCGGUGAAGGAGGCUUUGGCCCCCCUGUGUGGGCCGGACAGGCUGAUGUACGCCUCCGGCGCCGGAUACAAGAUCCUUUGUGUGAUCCUGGGCCUUGCGGACGUCUACGUCCUCUCCGAGGGCAGCACCUUCAAGUGGGACUCCUGCGGCCCCCAUGCGCUGCUCCGUGCCCUGGGUGGGGGCAUGGUGGACCUUAAGGAGUGCCUCCACUCCACCGGCUCCGGUGACUGUGAGGGUGGGCACCGUGACCUGGGGGAGCUGACCUACCAUCAACCCCACACGGAGUGCCCUGGGGCGGACCGCUGGGCCAACCUGGGAGGUCUGGUGGCGUACUUGGACUGUCAAACGCUCCAUACGGUCAUUAAGGAACUGAAGGGCAAGUUCUAAAGGACGGGUGUUGAAGGGCACAAGUAGGGUAUCUUUCCUUAUAGUGUCCUGCUGCUUUUAAUGUCUAUUUUCAUACGGGCGCUGGUAUUUUAUGUCCGAGUCAUUUUUCAAAAGCUAGAUUUAUGAAUGUAAAUAUUUUAAGGAAUAUGAACAUGAUAUUGAACUGUAACUAUGGUAGACUGUAUGCUAUGGCUGCUUUGUUAAAGAUCUAACUUCAGUUACUGAUUUUCUAACUGACAGAAUGUGUGUUGGUGGCAAACAGAACUAAAGAAGUGCAGACCAGGAAAGCUAAAUAUAUUUUUUAAAGUAUUUAACGUAUUACAAAGCAACAUAAUCAGAAAAGACUGAUACAGAUAUGAACAGGCACAAGCAAGGGUCAGUGGACAGUAACAAACAAUGCAGUUGAAAUGUUAUUUUUUUUCUGUCAUACGACACUGUGACACAGACUUAUCAGAAUAUCUCAUGAUGACCCUGUUGUAGUUGUGAAGAGGUAGCACACUGGGACAUGUCAGUGUUGGGUCUUUUCCCUUCAUAUACCUCAUACCCCUGAGCAGCAUCACGCAACAUCACAAAAAUCACUAUUACUAUACUAACGACACCAAACUCUACCUGUUCACCAAACCCUUCUAUCCCCUCUCUCAUCAACUGCCUUUGAGGCCCCUGGAGCUGGAUGAGCGUGCACUCAACAGCAACAAGACGGACAUUAGCUCCAAAUCUAAUUCUCUCCAAAACAGCGUGACCUCCACCUCAUCACCAAAAAUAGUUUUAUUGUAUCUUUCUCAACAGUGUCUGUGGCGCCCGGACGAGUUACUUCAGUAAAUCCAAGACGGCUUUCUUACACCUCUGCAACAUCUCCAGGUUCUGACCCUAACUGUCACAGCACUGAAACCCUAAUCCAGGCUUCAAUAUUUCCUGAUUGGACUACUAAAGCUUUUCAGUAUCCCCAACAAACUCCCCAACAGGCUAACUGAUCCAGAUCAACAUAUCGCAUCAGUCCUGUGCAAUACUGUAUUGACUAUAAGACACUUCUCACCUAAUAAGCCCCCAGAACCUGACAACUACUUACCUCUGACCUUCUCCCAGUAUAUGUCGAACCCUCUCAUUCUGCAUCUCCACCACGGCUGCCCCGGGCCUUUUGCUGCUCAACAGCGUGGCCAAUAAUUAACAAACUUUUAUUAAAGCACGUUCAAGCAAGCUAGUUCUCUUUAGUCUACCCACUGCCCUUCUUCUGUGCCUUGCCAAUAUCAGUAGUUAUCUCCUCCACCCAAAUGCAUCCACUUCCCAACCCUACCCUAAACAAGUUUGUAUCCUUACCCAACCACACUAUCUAUCCUGUUUGUGCUGCUUUUUUGUUAGAUUUUAAUUUGUACUUAAUUGAUGCACUUGAUUUUAUGUAGUCCUACAUUUAAUGUAGGAUAUUGUUGUCACAUCCAUGUCUAACAAAUAAAGUUCAUUAUUAUUG